UCGUCGCCGGAGGAGCUGUUUCCUCUCAUGCACUCGCUCAGGUUGUCUACUACUACUGGCACCAGCACGGGACUCGGCCGGUUCGCCGCGGCGACGCUGGUGGCCGCAGCUCGUGGAGGGAGGAGCCUGUCCGCCGGGCCGGGCAUGGAACACCCGCGCGACGACAUGCACAACACCAAAGAGGACGUGACCAGCCACCCGUUCGGGGUGGCUUACUCCACGAGGUCGGACGAGGAAGGCUUCGGUGGGGUGUACGCGAGGGACGACGACGACGACCGGCCGGAGUUCAAUCGUCGAACUGCCGAGGCGCAUCCGAGCCAUCCUCCUCCGGACCAUGACACCUCACAGGUGAAGGAGGAGAAGGCUCGCCAUCUCAAGGAUGGCAAGCACGCCACCUAGCUUCCAAGCUAGAUAUAGUACUCUACGUACGUUUUAGCUUCAUCGCAGUCGCUAGUUGAGGUUUGUAGCGAGCGAUGUAAAGCCAUGUUUUAAGGAGUUUAUCUACGUGUUGCAAUAAUAAUCUUGUAAAAUACCCAGGCAUGCUUCCCGCUGGGGCUGUA